AUGCAGAGGAAUGUCAACUGUGAGAUGCUUCCGCCCUACUCCAGAGAUGGAAAGAACGUGGUUGCGCACCUUCCUCUCCGCAUUUUGCUUCCCCGCAACAUGGAGAAACUGGGCAUGACGUUGGGGGAAGCUACAGGGUUCGCCGCAGGAAAGUACAGAGUACCACUCGUGGCAAAAGAGAAGGCACGACGCAGGCUUCGAUUGCAUGGGAAUUAG